AAAAGAAUUAAUCAGACAGAAAAACCAAAAAAAGAGCCCGAUUUAGAGAAAAAGGAAGAAGGAGAGCAUUAUUUAUCGAUAAAAAAAAUAAAAAUAAAAAUUGAUUCAAAAAAAGGGUGAAUUUUACAAAAAGGGAAAAUCCCAAAUGUCGAACAAUGUUAUAGAGCAAUGGAAGAAGAAGCUAUAUGGGUGCAAAUAAGAGUGGGAAAAAAGUAUUUGUUUAUUUGAAUCUUGAAUUUUGAUUUUUGAUUCAGUUUCAAGAAGCUUAAUAAGAAUAAAUUUGAAGUUGAAGUGGGUAACUUAAAGUUUUGAUUUUUAGUAAAAGGUGUGAUUUUGGGUGUUUUAUAGGUGAAUUAUUGGGAAUUUGAAGUUAUUGUAUUGGGUUUAGUUUGAAUUAGAGGGGGGGGUGGGGGAUUUGUAAUUUGGUGGAAAUGGAGGGUUUGGGUGUGUUAAAGUUUUGAUUUUGGAAAUUGUGUUGAAGGUUUCUUGAAGUGGAAUUUGAUUUUUUUGUAAGGAUUGGGACUUUUGGAGGGAGAGUUAGUUGAAAAAAUUGGAUCUUUGAUUUGGAACUUAAGCUCUUUUAUGCUUAAUUUGGUAGAAGUUGGAGGAUUUUAGAUGGGUUUUGAUUUGGGAAUGGUGGGAUUGAGUGUAGAGGGGUUUAGUUUUGUUUCUGUAUUUUUUUGUGGAAUUAUGGGAAAACCCUAAUUUAGUGGUGAAUUGGGUUGUUAUGCUAUUGGGGUUUUGUUUGUUUGAUUAGGGGAAAGUUUGAAUUUUUGGGUUUUUUUGGUGGAAUAUAUGUGUUGAGGGAGAUGCAACCGCCACACCAGCAUUCCCGGAUUGAUCUUUCUGAAUUGAAAGCUCAAAUAGUGAAGAAACUUGGACCGGAGGGUUCAAAGCAGUAUUUUCAUUACUUAAGUAGGUUAUUGAGCUUGAAGAUUAGCAAGGUUGAGUUCGAUAAGCUUUGUUUUAGGAUUUUGGGGAGAGAAAAUGUUCCCUUGCAUAAUCAGUUCAUUCGUUCUAUUCUGAGAAAUGCGUGUAGUGCAAAAGUUCCUCCACCAAUUAAUGAAGGUGGUAUUGUGAAGCCUGGUGUAGCAGUUGGAAGUAAAGAGCCUUUAGAUGUUGCGUAUGACCAAAAUGGAGUGCAUGUUUCCUCAAACCAGGCUUCAGUUCAACCGGGUUUGUCCAAUGGUGACGUGUUGACAUUAUCUCCUCGGAAGGCUAGAACAGGAUUUCGUGAUCGUAGGGCUGGGGAUCGUUGUAGUGUGCUUGGACCAAAUGGGAAGAAUAAUUUUGCUUUUCAACAAGCAACUAUGGUGGAAUCAAUUGGCUUUGAUAAGGAAAAUGGGGAUUUGCAUCCAUCUAAUGUCAAUGGGGGAUUGCAUCAUCAUCAAGGAAUCAUGCAACAAACAGAUGAUGAAAGGCAGGUAUUCAAUCAAGAAACUGGCAAAAUUUCUGUUAUGAAGAGAUCACUGCAAAAUUCAGUAUCUUUACAGAACAGAAAAGACAAAUCUAGAGAUAAUGGAAAAGAGAUGCAUGCUAGGAGUCAACUCCAAGCUCCCCUUGGGGUUCCAUUUUGUCCGGUUAGUGUAGGUGGAGCACGUAGACCAGUACCUUUAGCAGCAGAUAGUAGAUGUGUUAGCUCUUCUAGUUUUGGUGCUUUGUUGGACAGUGUAACUCUGAGGGAACGCAUGGAGCAGAUUGCUGCAGAACAGGGAUUUGAUGGGAUGGCCACGGAUUGUGCCAAUCUGUUGAACAAUGGUUUGGAUUGUUACUUAAAAGGCUUAAUCAGAUCAUGUCUCCAACUUGUGGGAGCAAGGUCAGGGCAUGAACCUACAACAAACAACGCCAAUAAGCAGCAGGCGUAUAUGAAGCUCGUUAAUGGUCUCAGACCAGGUCAUCAUUUACAGAUGAAUGGUGGUAGAUUGUCAGAAGCUGUACAUGAAUAUGCUCCUGGGAACCUGGCAUCGUUGCAAGAUUUUAGGGUUGCCAUGGAGCUAAACCCCCGGCAACUUGGUGAAGACUGGCCACUGCUGCUCGAGAAAAUAACACAAGCAGCUGAGGAAUAAGACGUGCACUUUGCUGUCUUCAGGUCAAGCUUUUACCAGUCCCAACUGGAUCAGAGGCCACAAUUCUUUCCAAGUUUUGUUCAGUCACUCUGCUACAAUUUUCUUUACGGCCUUUUGAUCCAGUAUACAGCUUUUGAGGUCAAACUCUGUCUCUUUCAUGGUGAUAAGGACAAGAUCCAGGAAUCUUUGUUUGACCUGCUGCAGAGCCUUAUUUUUGGCUAGAGACACCCCAUUCAUUAGCAACCACUGAAAGGGACUUGAAAAAAGAAUGCCCCUGUUGGUUGCACUGUUGUAUCAUUAGCAUAAUUCUCUCUGGGUAUCUGCAUACUCCUGUAAUUUAGAGCCAAUGAGCAAAUUUAGAACAGUUUUGCAGGAAUAAAUAUGUAGCCUAGUACUUCAGCUGAAAGGUGAAAUGAAUGAUGCACGAGCUGAAUAUGUAUGUAUCUUCAACAUCAAAAUUGAUUGGAACCAACAUUAACAAUAGAUUUUUCCAGUAGCUUAAUUGAGCUUAUAAAUUUUUAUUUCG